GCCCGGCGGGGUUGUCCCGGCGGGUACCGCGGGGCUGUCGCGGGUUGUUCCGGUGUCAGCCGGGUUGAUGCCGGUGCGGUGCUGGGCCUUACCGGGUUGCGGGUCCGUCCCGGUGUCUGCCGGCUUCAUGCUGCGGCGGUGCUGGGCCGUGCUGAGCGGUCGGUCCCCGUGGAGAUGGGGUCUGCUCCCCCUCAGCCCGGUGCUGCCGGAGCGGGGCGGGCGGUUGUUUUUCUCCACAAGCUGUGCGAGGUGUUCAAAGAACAGGCGGCUGAGGCAAAAAAGAGUGAUUUCGGAGAGGAAACUGACACGUUAUUUUGUGGAUCACCGGAAAGUCCGUGUGGUUGGAGGACAAGGAGGAGGAGGGGGUCAUUCUUUUUACAGUGAACCCAGGAAAAUAUUUGGAGGUCCUGAUGGUGGAAAUGGAGGUGAUGGGGGUAAUGUAAUUUUGAAAGCUGACCAGCAAGUGAAGUCACUUUCUUCAGUCCUCCCCUUCUAUCAGGGAUUUCACGGAGAGAGAGGAGGGAGAAAAAACUGCUAUGGAGCUAAUGGUGCUUGUUUGUAUGUUAAAGUCCCUGUGGGUACUUUGGUCAAGGAGGAUGGGAAAGUUGUGGCUGACCUCACUCAGCAUGGUGAAGAGUAUGUGGCAGCUUAUGGAGGAGCUGGAGGGAAGGGAAACCGCUUCUUUCUUUCCAAUGAAAACCGAGCUCCAACAUUUUUUACUCCAGGAGAGCCAGGUCAGGAGAGGGUCCUCCAUCUGGAACUGAAGACAACAGCCCAUGCAGGGUUGGUGGGCUUUCCCAAUGUGGGUAAAUCAUCACUUUUGAGAGCCAUCUCCAGGGCAAGGCCAGCAGUGGCUGCCUACCCGUUCACAACCCUAAACCCCCACGUCGGCAUUGUGCAGUAUCAAGACUAUGAACAAGUAGCUGUUGCUGACAUUCCUGGCCUAAUAAAAGGUGCUCAUCAAAACAGGGGGCUUGGGAUGUCCUUCUUGAGGCAUAUUGAACGCUGCCGCUUUCUCUUAUAUGUGGUGGAUCUCUCUGUGCCUCAGCCAUGGAUUCAGCUGGAAGACUUGAAGUAUGAACUGGAACAAUAUCAAAAAGGAUUGUCUGAAAGGCCUUGUGUUGUCAUUGGGAAUAAAAUUGACCUUGCUGAGUCCAGGAUCAAUCUGCCACUUCUUAAAGAACAGAUAGGAGACCGGGUCAUAGCGUUGUCUGCGUUGAAAGGAGACAACUUAGAGGAACUGUUCUUACAUUUGAGAGAACUGUAUGACACUUAUGUGAAGACAGAACAAUCAAGAGGGCAAAGCCCAGUCAAGUGGUAGAAAUCAGAACUACUGUGAACUGUACUGAAGCAAGAGGGGGGGGGAAAAACAAUCAUAAUUUGAUUAGAUGGCAUCCGUGUGGUUUUGGUUUUCCUUGUGGAUUUGUUUCCUUGUUUGUUGUUUAAAUGCAGGUGGAUUUGUCCUGGACUGCUCUAUUGUAAAGAUUUUUAUUUUUGUUUGUUCAUCUUGGAGGUGUCCUGGGUGUUUUACAGCAAUUUGAAAAUUGUAGUCAUGGUUGGUGUUGAAUUGGAAAUCUGGAUCUUGUUUGGUGUUAGGUGGUUAACUGUGGAAUGCAGAGAAGGCUGUCUAGUAGAAAUGAAGUAAGGUGGUCCCAUUUUUCUUUUUUUAUACCAUAAGCACUUUAAUUCAUCUUAUCUUAAACUUUUCUCUUGCUUUGUUGUGUUCUUCUGGGUUUUGUUUGUUUAUUUAUCAGAGGAGGCAGAAGAUUACACAGCUGCUCAGUAUUUUUUAGGGGGGAGCAGCUGCAAUAAAUGAUGCAGCUGCAAUAACUGAUCAAAAUUAUUUUCUUAUUGUAAAUAAAUAUCUUUACAUGCUGGGAGUGGCUAAGUAGCUUAUAAAGUAGACAGGGAACAGUCAUUUGAGAUUGAAUUGUAAGUUCUGCUCCAGUUCCCUUGAGGAAUGUCAGGAAAUGUUCUGUGUGAAAUCCUGGGCUUAGAUAUUCCAAAUAAAAGAAAAAUACAGUUUACUUUUUUUGUUUUAACAGUCUCAUUUUGUGGACAGUUUUCUUAACUUUUAUUCCCUAGGAUUUCAGAAAUCUUCAUUUAGAACACUGUCUUUGCCCUCUCCUCAUGCUGAAAGAUGAACAACUUCUGUAUAGUCUGGUUAUGUCUGUAAAAGAUUAUUAUCUUGAUAAAAUUAAUAAUUAUUCAGCUUUUUCAUAAGGAACUCUAGCAGACUUUUGGGGAUACUGAGACACUAAUAGUUAGGGAGUCAAGCAAAACAAUUGUUCUUGAGCCUUUACCUGUUUCUUUAUUUUUAGAGCAGAUGAACUUGGCCUUCCAAACCAGCAGACUGGAAUUACAGACCUUGCACAUCAUGAAGUAAACAAAGUAAACUCAUUAGCACCAUUGUAAAAUAGAAAGAUGUGAUGUUUUUAAGCUUGUUUUUGGGGUUUUUUUUCCAGGAAAUACAUUACUUAAGGUUAAUGAGUUUUGUGCAUUGUAGAACCUUCACCUAUCACUUGUUUUUCAUUAAGCUUUGGUAGCUUACGAAGGAUUUUGGUAUGUUUUAACUAAAAUGUGCUGUUUUCUCCUGCCUCAGCUGUCACAGGAAUUCCUCAGUGUGUUAAAAAAAUCCGAGUAGCCUCUAAUUACCUCUUUCUGUACACCACAGCAAAGGUGGUAAUUUUCUCUGCUUCUGUCACUUUGCACAUUUUGUUUGUUUUCAUCUCAAAAGCUUCUGAAUGGUGCAUCCUUGAAAGAAUGGAUUGCUUGGAUUCAAUGAGUAAUGUUCUUUUUUCCCUGACUGCCUGUAAGUGGAAAGGGGCAGUCUUGUUCAAUCUCUAAAUUAAAACUCAGUUUGAAGCCU